AUGAUUGCGUCUUGCCUUGUCCGCGACGGCGGCAUCGUCAUAUUGGACGACCACCCAGAGUCCACCUGGCUGGGCGUCGGCGAGGCGCCCGCCCACUUCACGCAUGCGCAGGACCGCCUGGUCCCCUUCCUCACCGGCUGGAGCAAGGUGUGGCUGGCCACAAAAUCACACGUAGAUGAAUACCUGCAAGUGGCGCGGAAAAACCCAAAGGUGUUUGCUUGCAGUGAAGUCCGCGGCAGCAAAGUGGCGAUUGGCGGCGCCGUGACCUGCUACACCGGCCCCAGCAAAGAGUGA